UGGUUGCUCGAGGAUACCUCAGUUAAAUAUUGUCAAUUAAGUAGAUUGAUUUAUGUGCGUUUAUAGUAAGAAAUUGUCUGUAUAAUAAUGGCCCGGGUUGUGAAAGUGAUACGGACUCUUCGGAAUCAUUGGAAAAAGUCCACUUUCGCGGUGUGUGUCUUGUCUUACGGAGGACACUGGCUGUAUGGAAAGCACUGUGACAGCGUGUUGCGACGAGAGGCUUGUAUGGAAGCCAGGGAAUUUGGUCGGCAGUUAAUAGGUCCUCAGGAGCAGCUGAAGAAAGCCACAGUCAUACUGAACCCUGCUGCCUGCAAUGGAAAAGCCAACAAGUUAUUUGAGAAGAAUGCGGCACCUAUUUUGCACCUUGCUGGUGUGGACGUUAAAGUAGUUAAGACAGACUAUGAAGGCCAGGCCAAGAAACUGAUGGAGCUGAUGGAACAAACAGACAUGUUGAUCGUUGCUGGUGGUGAUGGGACUUUGCAGGAGGUUAUCACUGGGUUGUUGCGAAGGUCUGAUGAGGAGAUCUUCAGUAAAACACCAAUAGGAUUCAUCCCUCUGGGCUCCCAUAAUUCCCUGAGCCAGAGUUUGCAUCCUCUCUCUGACAACAAAGUAAAACACAUCACCACAGCAACCCUGUCCAUUCUGAAAGGAGAAACGGUGCCUCUGGAUGUGUUGCAGAUUAAGGGAGAGAUGGAGCAGCCAGUCUUUGCCCUGUUAGGCAUUCGUUGGGGUGCAUUCAGAGAUGUUGCUGCUUCCAUUAGCAAAUAUUGGUACCUUGGACCACUGAAGACAAGGGCAGCACACUGGUUCAGUACACUACAGGAAUGGCCGCAGGUUCGGCAGGCCUCCCUGUCGUACCUGGCCCCUGUCCCCCGACCCCCUGACCUGCCUGCCGAGAAACCCUCACGCCCCAACCUGCUCUACCGAAUUUACCGCAGACUGAAAAAUUACUGGAACCCUCCUGUUGAAGAGCCGCCUAAAGAACCUGAACCGGAGAGAUGGGAAGAUAAGGAGAUCUCAACAGUGGAGCUCUCCAUUAGCACACAAAACAAGAACCCUGUUCAAAGACGUGCCGAUGACUCACUGCUGGUAUGUGUGGAGCCAGAAUCUUUCACAAUUGGAGAAUUCAUUACACAGGGGACUAAGAAAGCAGAGGACCCCUCAGUGUGCAUGAAGAAUGCUCUGAAACUAGAGGCCGGUGCAUGUCGACUCAGCUUACCCCAGGAGGGUGCUGGCUUUUAUGACAUUGACAAUGAAGAGUAUGAAGCCAUGUCAGUGGAGGUGAGACUGUUGCCACGGAAACUGCGUUUCUUCUGCAGUGCUGAGAGGCAGAAACAGCUGCUCUCACAGGCCCAGGGUUAUUGAGAGAGAUGCUGAGGUGGCAUGAAAAUGCAGAAAAGACUGAGGAGACUGAGAAAAGACUGCACUUCAGCUCAACAGUCAUGUUUAACCUGGCUGUUUCUGCCUUUAGUUGUCAUGGGAGCACAGCACAGGACUAAAAUUAGAACUGUCUCUUACAAUGUUUCAUUUAUUGAUGACCUUUUUCGGUGUCGGUAGGAUUUAAACAUUUACUACGUGGACAAAAACAUUUCUUUUUACAACAUUCUGUUGUAGAAUGUGGACCAUGUCUCUACAUUACAACCUCACAACUCGGUGAUCAACUUGAGAAAAGAUGAAAUGCAUGACAGCCUGUGCCAUGAAAGAGUAAAAAGUGGAACAUAGUGUUUAUUGUUUCAAAAUGGCAGCGAAUCGAACUCGCUGGCGCAAAAGAAAAGGUAUCCAUGCAGCAUACAGAGAAUAGUACAACAGGUGUGACUAAGAGAGGUGUUUAAGAUGAUAAGAGGAAUGACUGGUUUAUGUGCAUCUCUGAGUACCAAGACCAUUAAAACGACAACUGUUC